AUCUUUAUUAUUCCUCUUGGUUGUCAUUUCCUUCCUCCCCUGGCAAUAUAUAUUACUCCUAUAUACCAAAAAGUCACAAAACCAUAUACUAGUAUUUUGGAUUCCUCAAAUUGUUGCGUAGAUAGACAGGUAUACCAAAUAUACGAAAUACAAAGCUUGGGAGAGAGAGUCGAGACAGAGAGAGGAGAGAGAUGGAGGGCUUGGUAAGGUCAGAGAGUACAUUCAGAAGAUCAGGCUCAUCAGGUCUUGUUUGGGAUGACAAGUUCUUAUCAGGUGAACUCAAGCCUGUUCAGACCAAAGAAGGAGGUGAUCAAGAUUCAGACACCAAAGACAACAAAGGCAAAGAAGAGCAACAAAGACAGGCUUAUAAAACCGUUGAAGUCACUCCAACUGUGGACCCCCCUUCCCCCAAAGUCUCUGCCGGCUGUGGCAUCUGUUUCGGCAAAUCUAAGCCCGCAAAAAAGACGGCCACCGCCGCCGCCGCCAAAAGAUCUAAACCCUCCGGCCACCGUAAGUCUUAGCUCCCAAACAUUAGCACAACUCCCCCUCUUGUUGUUUUCCUUAAAUCAUUGUCAGUGUUGAAGAAGUAAUUCCGGUUGGUCUGAACCAUAUAUAUUUUUCUAUAUGUAUAUGCAUGUGUGAUGGCUUGUCUUUGCAUCAAAUAUCUCAUUUCUUCAGAUUUAUCAUUUCCCCAUCUUAUACUUGUCACAAUUCAGAUUAUUAGCCCACAGACUUUUUGUUUAUUUUCGUCUUUUUUUCGGGUUUCGUACAUCAUAUAGUUAAUCUGGCGGAGAGGCUACAACGGUGUUAUGAUCUGGUUUGAUGUACUAGCAUAAGAUUUCUUGUAUAAAAUUCUCCGAAUCAAUGAAUUAAAUCUGGUUUGAAUUUUAA